AUGGCGAUCGACGACGAGUUCGAAGCCCAAGUCAUCAUCUUCGAUCCACCUUCCAACAUUCUCGUCCUUCAAGAGGGUAAAUCUGGAUCUGGACAGCUUCAAAACAUAAGGCUAUUGAAAGCCAACUACAUAGAAAGCUUCAAGUACUUGGGUCAAGUCGAGGACCCUCUUGAUCCCAAAAAAUUUAAUCUUGAUCUCAAUUCCCUCCAAUCUCGUGAAGACUCCGCCAUUAGACAGGCAGAGAGAAAAGUAGAGAGGAUUGGGGUGGGUGUUACUGCUGAAGCACAAAGCAUUUUUGAUGCACUGUCUAAGACACUUCCAGUGCGCUGGGACAAGACUGCCAUAAUUGUGCUGAAUGACGUGCGUGUUUGCAGUCCAUAUCUCCCCGAAUCUGUUACUGGAGGAACUCUCGCUGCCAAUGACCGUGUGCGGAAAAUGGUUGCUUGAGCGUCGGCGACCGGAGAACCCCGUCGAAGUCGUCUCCAUGCGAGAUGACAGUUUCUUCAAUGGAAGACACAGGGCAUUCUCUCUCUCUUUGAGGAGGGCACCCACUCAAUCUCUCACUCUCUUUGAGGAGGGCAAACCCAUUCUUCUUUUAUUUAUUUAAUCACACCCUUGAUGUCUUCACCUUUCUUUUCUUUAUCUUUUUCAGAUACGCACUUAUCAUGUUUUGUUUUAGAUUCCACCACUACUCACACACUUUCUCUCUCCCUCUC